CAUAGCAUGCUUCAGGACACAAUACUUGCGCUCGAGCACUCGACAUGGCGAGCUUUGAUGCAUUCUGGUGGUGAUCUGCUGCCCUUCCUCAGCCGCGACUGUAUCAUGCUUUUCCCGCUGGGCCUGAAAAUUUCCGCCAAAACGGAGCCGAAUCUCGAAGAUGUGAUGAAGAGCGAUGCUUUUGUGCCGUGGAGGAGGUACAGAAUCAGCGAUGUCGAAGUCACGAUGUUGGGGUCAGAAGCAGCUUUGAUCAGUUAUCGAGUCAAGGCGACCAGGCAGCAUGUCACAGAAGACGACGAUACGAGGCAGGACGAGUUCAAAGCAUUGAUAUCGAGUACCUGGAGGAAGGAUCCAGAGGCAGGGAGGUUCCUGAUGUGUUUCCACCAGCAAACCCCUUACGAGGAGGAUUUGGAUCUUUGA